AAGUGAUAUGGAGGAAAACCUUCCUUCAAUGGAGAAUCUAGAAAUCAGGCAGAAUCAAACUGUAAGAUCAAUACCAUCGUAUUUUGGGGGUGGGGAGGAUGAAGAAGAUAUACCCGACGUGGCUGAUUUUGAAGAAGCUGACAAUCUUGUUGAGACUGAUGCGGCAACUUUACAACCAACAUAUCUUGUUGCUCAAGAACCUGAUGAUGACAAUAUUUUAUGGACCCGAACCUAUGAUGUCAGCAUCACGUAUGAUAAAUACUAUCAGACUCCUAGUGUGUGGCUUACUGGAUAUGAUGAGUCGAGGAUGCUUUUACAACCUGAGCUUGUGCUAGAGGAUGUUAGUCAGGAUCACGCACACAAAACGGUUAUUAUUGGGGGCCAUCCUCACUUACCUGGGAAGCAUGCAUCUGUGCAUCCAUGCACACAUGGGGCUGUAAUGAAAAAGAUCAUCGAUGUACUUAUGUCACGUGGAGUAGAACCUGAAGUUGAUAAGUAUCUUUUCUUGUUCUUGAAAUUUGUAGCCUCUGUAAUUCCAACAAUCGAAUAUGACUACACCAUGGACUUUGAUAUUGGCAGCACCAGCGCUUAAUUAGAGCAAGGAAUUAUUAU